ACCCCCUUUCAGUUCUUCUUUACAAGGUUAGCAAUUUUGUUAACCAUUAAGCGAUGAUGGUCAUUGUUUGGAAUUUAUUUCUUCAAGUAUUCCUCCUGGUGCUGGCAAAAGCGAGUCUCAGGAGCGUCAGAGAAUUGGGGAGCUGUAAACUCAACAAAAAGCAAAGCCAGUUAAACUCCUUUCUUUGGACAAUAAAACGAGAUCCUCCUUCAUACUUCUUUGGUACUAUUCAUGUUCCUUAUACAAGAGUGUGGGAUUUCAUCCCAGAAAACUCCAAGAAAGCUUUUCAUCAAAGCAAUAUUGUAUACUUUGAGCUCGAUCUGACAGACCCCUACACAAUUUCAGCUCUGACCAGCUGUCAGAUGUUACCUCAGGGUGAGAACCUCCAAAGUGUGCUUCCUAGAGACAUUUACCGUAGACUGAAACGUCAUUUGGAAUACGUUAAACUAAUGAUGCCCUCAUGGAUGACUCCAGAUCAAAGGGGGAAGGGGCUUUAUGCAGAUUAUUUAUUCAAUGCAAUUGCUGGAAAUUGGGAGAGAAAAAGACCUGUAUGGGUAAUGCUCAUGGUGAACUCUUUGACGGAGGUCGAUAUUAAAUCAAGAGGAGUUCCAGUAUUGGAUUUAUAUUUGGCUCAGGAAGCCGAACGUCUUAAGAAGAGGACAGGAGCAAUAGAAAAAGUGGAGGAGCAAUGCCACCCACUGAAUGGACUGAACUUCUCACAGGUAAUAUUUGCCUUAAAUCAGACCCUCUUGCAGCAAGAGAGCCUUCGAGCAGGAAGUGUACAAGCCCCAUACACCACUGAAGACCUGAUCAAACAUUACAACUGUGGAGACCUCAACUCAAUUAUUUUUAACCAUGAUUCUUCACAAGUGCCUAAUUUUAUUAAUGCUACUUUACCGACUCAAGAAAGAAUAACUGCUAAGGAGAUCGAUAACUAUUUUCGUCAAGAGCUGAUUUACAAAAGGAAUGAACGGAUGGGACAGAGAGUGAAAAACCUACUUGAGGAAUUUCCAGAGAAAAGCUUUUUUUUUGCUUUUGGUGCAGGACACUUCAUGGGGAACAAUACGGUCAUUGAUGUGCUAAAGCGAUAUGGCUACGAUGUGCAACACACACCUGCCGGGCGAUCAAUCACAAACGGUAGAAAUAAAAAGUCAUCCUCGUUUUCUUCAUCACCCCCGUGCACGGCCAUCUCUCGGAUGAAAGAGCCAGACAGUUCUCACCAAGACUCAGAAAUGGUACCCAACGUAUUGCUAUCUGAUAACCUCGGAAUGAUGGAUAAACGUGAAAGGAAAUACAAGAAAAAGAAGUCAAGGAAAGAAAAACAUCGGCACUUCAGUGACCUGUGGGUUCGCAUUCAGGAGAGUGCUACAGAGUCUCCUCCGCAAAUUGGGAUUAUUAAUGGAUACAUUACAGUGGAGCCCCCGCCAAGACAACAUGGAAAAGACAGUUACAUACAGGCAGCCAAGAGCAGCUCCUUCUCCCAGUUCAUUCUUCCUCCCUUUUUACUGUUGGCUUGGUGUCUUCAACAAAUGGUGAUUCUGUAAAGACAAUAACACAUUAUUAAGUGAGGACAUUCUUGUAAAUGGAGCACAAACGUGUCUGCCAGCACUGGAAAAUACCCUAUGGCAUUACACCGCAUAUCAAAUGUUCUCCUGAAGGUGUGCUUGGAAUCUGACCACUAAUGUUAUUUACUGGUUAAUACAUAAUAUAUGCCUUUUGUUUGAAAAGUCAUUAUAUUUUUCUUCUCUUUAAGAAGGAUGAUUUCAUGUUAAUCCCAUAAUGCACUUGGGAAAUGUAAAAUAAUGUUGUAACAUAGCUAUACUCUAGAGAUAUAAAACAUUGACAUAAAUGAUUUUUUUAAUAUAAA